AUGGCUCCCCGCAAAGCUAUGACCAAAGCUAGAAUUUCAAGAAUGGAGAAUUUGCAGAUCAAGGUUGCAGAUGGUAUUGGAGCAUUUCCCGCAAAAGAUGCCAAGACGUCAUCACCUUAUCGUCUGCAAUGGCUGUCAAUUGUUGACAAAGAAGACACCGGGAAGAUGUUCAGAAUAAACCAUCAAAAUGCCUGCAAGAAAAACACAGAUCUGUUUCUAUUAGUCCUUGUCAAAAGUGGCGCUGGGAAUUUCAAACGGCGGCAGACAUGGAGAGAAAACUGGGGAGCGAUCAAAAGUGUCAACGGCAGGGAGAUUCGGGUGUUUUUUGUGACCGCCAUGACGGACGAUGUGACGUCACAAUAUAAGAUGGAAAUUGAGAAUGUGCGCUUUGGAGAUAUUUUGCAGGGAGUCUUCAAGGAUAACUAUGCCAAUAAUACAUUUAAGUUGCUUUCCUCUUUCGAAUGGGCAAACUCAUAUUGCUCCAACGCAGAAUAUGUCCUCAGCGUGGAUGAUGAUGUCAUGGUGGUACCAGCUAGACUUGUGACGUUCCUCACGAAGAAUAAUGACGUCAAUUUAAUAGGCGGGUACAUAAUUCCAGCAAUGGUGAGGAAGCUUGAUAAUAAUAGCAAAUGGUUUGUGAAUUUUACGAAUUAUCCGUACCUUUAUUACCCGGACUAUGUGACAGGGUUCGCAGUAGUAUUAUCUGGACCGCUGAUUCCCAGACUGCUGAAAGCAUCCGAGUCUUUACAAUACAUGUUUCACGUUGACGACGCCUAUAUUGGUCUCUGCGCAUUCUCAAUAGAUGUCAAGCCAGUAUUCAUUUCGGGUUUCGAAUUGUAUCGACUUGAAGCUAAUUUGGACUACAGCUAUGAGAAAUAUAAAUCUGUGAUUGCUAUUCAUGGACUAAAUGAGACGGAGAAAGUGAAAUUAUGGCGUCAUUUACUGGUUGACCUUGACCUGAGGUUGGAACAACGGUGGCUACCAUAUCCUCACUUCGUUAUGAAUAGUUCAGAUACUAUUUAG